AUGGUAUUGGGUCAGGCAGAGGUUCCAUGGAGAUUGCAGACUGUUUUGGAGAAGAUCAAGUGUUUGUUUGGCACUUUGCAGACUAAGAGGAAUAUAGACUUUUCAGUCAGUGGUGUUCUGCCACUUGCUGGGAGGUUGCUUUUGCAGAAGGACCAAAGCUUGCUGCCUACAGCAAUAAUGAAGAAGGUUGUUAGUAGAGGUUCAUUACCUCUUUAA